AGCGCGGACGAAAAUUCGAAUCGGUUUGCGAAAGGAGCAGCGAGCCGCCGAAAGAGGAAAAGUAAACAAAAGUUUCCGAAGCCGAAGAGAUACAGAGAGUGCACUGAAGUUGCCGCGGAAAUUCCAGCGACAAUGUGAAAAUGUCAAGAAUAUGGGGGUGACGAGGGUCGCGCGUUGGAUUAUAUCGUCGAUGCAGCAAUAAUCGCUGGAGCAGGAUGGCUGCGUGUGGCGAGAUACCGGAACCAGGUAGACCACCGGAAACGAUUGGCGGGCGCGAUCCGAACGCCAACCUCGAGAGUCGACUCUAUUCAACAAAAGACACUAAGUCGUUGUUGAACUUUCAUGUCUUGGACGGUUCGCCUAAGAUGGAUAUUAAGACCAACUGUAGGCAGACUUUGAGGAAAGUGUUCUUCAAGCGGCAUUGUGGUAAUGGUAACGCCAUGGACGCAAGUCUAGUGACUAGUAAAAAGGUUGAGGAUGAAGUUGCAAAGGGUAGGACAUUGAUUACGACUGUGAGUCAGAGUGUGGAUGAGACACGAACGAGAAAACGCUAUUCCCUGCAUCAGGACGUGGAAGAAGCGCUGAAUUCAUUGCUGUGGCAGCCGUAUGAAUAUCAGCGGUCGAACCGCGAGAAAACCGCUGGUAGUUCAUACAGUUCCAGUUCACAGUCGGCUUCGAAUAGCAGUGACUACUGCUACGACCACCGCACGUCGCUGUGCUCGUCUUCGUGCAGCAGUCUCUCCUCUUCGUCCGGCCUUGAAUCCUCAAACAAUGGCACGAAUCGUUCCGGCAACACUGCAGACCUACAUCUUUUGGUGAAUAACCUGCGGCCGAACCGACUUGGCCAAUCGCUGGCUGCGCAACGUUCACGUGACGGCGCUGAGCCAGAGCUGCGCUCUCCGAGGUGCGCGCCUUGCGCAGUCAACGCGCAGCGUUCGAACGUGACUGAGCUCCAGUUGCGUCGUGCUCAGCCGGUAACGCGUACACACACUCAGCGCACGGCGCAUUAUUGCACGAGUGCUAACAACAAUAACGAUUUCGAACCGGGGUCACAGUGGGAUGUGCUUCGCUCGCCCACCGGCGAUACUAUGCGCGUCGAAAUUCAGCCGCCGUCGAUAAAGAGUAUUAUUACGAGCGGUAAUAAUACGGCGGGUUGCAACAACAAUGGCGGUAACGGUAGCGGCGGCGGCGGCGCGCUAUUGUUGCUGCGAACGGACAACGGGCAGCUGCAGGACGCGGCCGCGGGUGCAUCCAGUGCUAGUAUCCCGCCACCACCGCGCAAUACCCGUUCGACCGCGCGGAAUCUCAGCUCGGUGAACGUGGUCGGCCUGCCGCACAACCAUCCCAGGCAGAAUUCGGUCCCAGCGACGCUCACGAUAGCGCCCACGUCCGCCGCGCGAACUUUAGUGCCUAAUCACGCCAGGAACAUAUCGGAACCCUAUCGGGGAGCUAACUCUUUCAUAUCAAACCCGAGUCCCACCCCCGCGCACCUUCGGACUGGUACCAAUAACAAUGUGGUGUCUCUCUUUAACCAUCAGAGGCUGCAUAGUACUCCGGCUGCGUUAAAUGGACCUCAAAUAAGAUCAGUGCAUGCGCAACAACAACAACAACCCAUCGCGUUUACAUCCAGCACUACCGUGGGCACCGUGAGUGCUAGCGAGUUGGUGCCAUGCAGUAACAACAAUAAUAACGACGCGUUAGGUGUUGGUGUUGUACGAACAAGUAACAAUAAUAGUAGGGUACCGCUAAAUGUCAGCAAUGUGAAUGUGAAUUACUAUCGCGCGGUACCAGUGAACGUCGUAUCGGCCGUGCCUACGAUUCAAUGCCUCAACACGAGUGGUGGCGGUAGCGGCAUCGCUGCAACAAGUUGCCCGAGCGCGGCCGUCACGACGGCGUCGAUCGGCACCAUUACCGACUCCAAUAAUGUGUCCAACGUUAACAUCGUCCAAGCAAUGCCGUUAUCCACAAGCAACAACAACAACAACAUGCCUAGCAUAGGUGGCGGUCCUACCGCCACAACAACCUGCACGGAAGUCAUAGUGCACAGUACGCCAGCGACCACACCAGCAGUUGAGGUGGUGCGUACCUUUACCUCCACCGAGGCACAAACAGACGAUACAGUUAUCCCGCCUCCGGAGACAACCACUGCUAGCCGUGAACAAAGACGCCGGGAACGGCGCGAACGGCGUCAUCAACGUCGGCUUAACAUUGCUAAUCAUCGACAUGUAGGUAAUGGGGGCGGAGGAGCUAAUGGUACCCCUAAUUCCAUACAUGCUACCAAUGUGGACGCGCAGCAAUUUGGCAGUCCAGGAAUUCACGCCGCGCAAAUGCCCGACCUGCUUAACACAACACUGCCGCCGCCCUACAACGGCGGGCCACAUCCACACACCCAUCAUCCGCAUCAUCCACCACCUUCACAGCCAGCCAGCAUCUUGGUGCCACCGGGAACGAUUGUGCAAAGCUUGGUGCCUAAUAGUUUAGUGCCAAACGGAUUAGUGCCGAAUGCGAUCGUACCGUUCCAUCCGCAGGUCGUGCCCGGACAGGUGCCUUUGGUGCAAGCUCCCGGCGCGAUCCCCGUGCCGGUACCAUCGCCCACUGGAUUUAGAUUUCCACUGCCCGCGAACGGAUUUCGAAGAAGCCGCUUUGCCGAGGACCCGCCGAAGAGCUGCUGUGGCCUGCUAGCAUGGCGACCCGGUUCCCUGCGGUGGUUCAUCGCGCUCAUUGCCUUGGUGGCGGUAUGCUGUGUGUUGGUUGGUACCGCGUUGGGCGCGAUGGGACCUUCUGGCCGUGACCAUCUCACCGUCUCCCUGCUUAUGAUCGGCGUCGGCAUCAUCUUGGUGACCGUGAGCGGCGUUGCGUGGAGAUUGACGUCGCACGACUCCUCAACGUGCCGCUCCAUGCUGGGCCUCGGCUCGACGGAAUCCGUGGAAGCGUGUCCCCGACGGUUUGUACCGCGGCUACCACCUUCAUACGGACGGCCACACCAUCCUUACGCCGCCAUGAUGUACCCGGAGUUCCAGUACCGCCCGCCACCACCUAGCUACCAGGCAUCCAUGCAGGAGUAUCGGUUGCGGUUGUUGCUACUGGAUCGCGGCAACACCCCGCAGAUUCAAGCCGGUCUUCAGAAUGCUGUCUCACCACCUCCCACGUACCGUAGUCACAGUGGAAGUCUUCUACGUGUUCCUUUGCCAAAUCGGCGUGAUGCGUCCCAAUCGGAGUACAGUUGCCCGCCAUCUUACCGCUCGCAAAAUUCGUCAUCCCGUGCUGCAGCAAUGCUACAAAGCAAUUCCAUAAUGCAUAGUCGAGAACAGUCUCUCAGUCUCUCCGAAUCCAACCAGGACGGAUCAGUGGUCAAUGUUGUCAAUAUACUUUCGACCAAUGAAGAGGACAUUACGUUGGACAAUAUUACGCUAGAUUCGCUGAAAUUGGAGCCGGAUGAAAUAAACCCGUUGAAGAUGCUGCUCAAGGGCUCUUCUGGCGAACUGGAUGGUACCAAGGAUGGAAAUUUGGUAACCAUCGUUCAGACCAAUGACCAGAGUCCAGUCAUCGUCACUGUCAGUGGAAGUUCACAUGUGGACAACUGUAACGCCGUGACUGAGAUACCAAACGAAAUGGAAAUUUUGGCGCAUCUGUAGGACCGAAUAUUAUCAUUAGCGGCAGGUCUCGUUUCAGACGGGACGUUUUUUUGAAAGUUUCACGCACUGAAUUUCGAAACUUGGACAGUUUGAUUAUUGGCUCUUUGUUUUUUAUGUUUGUUUAGUGAAAUUGACGAAGUUUAUUGAGUAUUAUGCGUGCCCAACAAUGCUGCACGUGGACAUUGUUAAUAGGUAGUAAGUUGCCCGAAGAUUCAAACUGAAAAUGUUUGUUGGUCGCUCAAAAUAUUCAAUAUAUGGUUUUGUUAUUAUAUACCUGUAUGUAUAUUGCGAUAUUAUGUGCCUAUAUUGUAGAUAGGACUGUAUAAUAUUAUUAUGUAUGAAUAAUCUAUUUUAAUUUGUAUCAUAAAACGCUUUUAUAUUUAAA